AUGCAAAAUGAAUUUGACAUUGAAGUUAAUUUUGAAUAAAAUAGUUCUAUGACAUUCGAAAUGUUUAAAUUUAUAGCUAUUAGUAGUGGACAUAAUAGUGUUAGAUUUCCAAAGGCAGGAAUAAAAAUAAACAAUGAAGGUUUAACGACAACCAAUGGUGAAUAGAUACAAAUUACUUAGGAAUCAAUAACGCAUUAAUAAAUAAAAGUCGGAGAUGUUAUUGGAUAGGGAGUAUCAAGCUAUGUUUGCAGAGGAUUAUAUUUACCUUAUAAUUGCUAAGUGGCUCUAAAGGUUAAUUUUAAUAUUAUAAUAACAGAUAAUUAAUGUUUUCGAUAAGGAUAAGAGACAUUAGAUGUUAAAUGAUCUAAGCACACUCUUAAACGGUUGUGAAUGUGAAUAAUUAAUCAAGUUUUAUGGUGCAUAUUAUGAAGAAGGUAGCUCUAUCAUUGAUUUUUGAGGGACCAUAAGAUUAGUACUUGAAUAUAUGGAUCAAGGAUCAUUGCGAAGCAUCAUUCAAUAAAUCUAUAAGAAUAAUUUAAGUGAGGUGAUAAAUGAAUAAAUAAUUGCAACGAUAACAUAUAAUAUUCUCAUGGGAUUAUAAUAUUUGCAUUAGCAGAAGCAUCAACUUCACAGAGAUAUUAAACCAGAAAAUAUUCUCAUUAAUAGUUUAGGAUAAAUAAAAUUGACAGAUUUUGGAAUUAGUAAAUAAUUGGAAAACACUAUAGCAAUAGCCAGAACUUUUGUCGGUACUUUGAUGUACAUGUAAGAUAUCACUCCUAUUUGCAAAGGUCUCCAGAAAGAACAGAAGGUAAGAACUACUCUUAUGCUUCGGACAUAUGGUCAUUGGGAUUAAUCAUUUAUGAAAUGGCAACUGGUAAGCAUCCAUACUCAGUCUCCAAUAAGUAAAUGACAUAUAUCCAAAUGAUUCAGAAUAUUCUGAAAUCUGAAUCUCCAAAAUUGGACAAUUAUCCAUACAGUGUAGAAAUGAGGGACUUUGUGAACAUCUGGUAAGAUUUGAAUAGGAUUUUAGUUUAAACAAGGACCAAAACAAACGUUUAGAUGCAUAGACCUUAUUGCAACAUAAUUGGAUUGUAAAGAAUGCUUAGAAUAGUCAAUAUGUGUAAAUGUGGAUCAUGCAGAAGGAUCAAAAGUUACAAUUAAUGCAACAGAAAUGA